AUGGAGCUUAUUGAUUUUUUGGUGGUUCGUUCUUUUUGGGGAAAUGCUUCAUUUUGUUAUGCGUAUUCUCCUUCUAGUGGUAAUGCGGGGGGUAUUCUCGUCAUUUGGGACCAAAAUAGGUUUAAUAAAAAAAGGGCCAUUUCAUCGGAUUGGUUUGUAGCAGUGGAGGGUGUUUGGAUUUCUUCUGGAACAGAGGUUGUUUUUGUUUCCGUUUAUGCUCUGCAAGGGACUGAUAGUAAAAGACAAUUGUGGGGAGAGAUUGGUCAAUUGAUGAGUUCUUGUUUCAGGGGGGGGGUUGUUAUUAUGGGAGAUUUUAAUGAAGUUCGUGAUGAAUCGAAACGUAUGGGGUCUCAGUUUCAUCCUGCUUCAGCUAGGGUAUUCAAUCAGUUUAUUGAGGAUGCGAAUCUAUUUGAUAUUACUUUGGGUGGUCCUCGUUUCACUUGGAACAAUAAGUGGGGUUCUAAGUUUAGCAAGUUGGAUCGGUUUCUGGUGUCAAAGAGGCUUUUGGUAGUAUUUCCUCAUCUCUCAGGGAUGGUGUUGGAGAAGAGAAAACCGGAUCAUAGACCAAUCCUGUUGAUGGAACACUCUGUUGAUUAUGGUCCUAAGCCUUUUCGGUUUUUCCACUCUUGGUUUAAUCACACUGGUCUUGAUGAGGUGGUUCACAAUUCUUGGUCUUCAGUUAUUAAGGAUGAGGAUAUAAUUAACCCCUGGGUUAUUUUUAAGAAGAAACUCCAGCUUCUUAAGUAUAAUCUUAGGGUAUGGUAUCAUGCUGUUCGGGAGGGUAUGGAUAAUAAAAGAAAAAAGUUGCAAGACAACAUUGAAUCGAUUGAUACCAUUCUUAUGGCGGGCGAUGGUACAGCUAACCUUAGGGAAUAG